AUGACAAGCAUUAGGUUUUCGGACUUCGGGCCUCCGUACAGUUGGCCCAUUCUCCGCCAACUGUCCAGCGCUUUUGGCUGGCCUAAUGAGUGCAGCGUCGACGGCGAAGCCGAUGACGACGACGACGGCGGCGACGAGGACGUCUCUUCGUACCUCCCGUUACUGGACGAAUUCUUGGCGUGGCGCGAUAACGCCCCCGCUCGCGACCCCCCCAAACCACCUCGGCCUCCUUCCCCCCUUCCGACUAAAGUCGGGCAAACGGCGCAACACUGCCGUUUGAUCCACGGCCUCUGCUUCGAAGGUGGCGAAGAGAUAAGCCUCGAUUAUCUCGGUCCUACCCACGUGAACGGCUACGACUCGGAGUCCGACAGCCUCGAGCCUACGGAUGAUUCUUCGGGAAAUGAUGGCCAAGCCGGAUGGAGCAUCUACCAACACGGCGAACACGAGCCGGAGAAUAACCGAACAACCGAAGCUGCUGCUGGAACACGCUGUGACCGGAAGACUGCAGUUAGGAAUGAAGACAGAAGCGGCGAUGGCACUUCGUCAACUGCGUUUGAAUCGCAGGUUGUCGCCGGCGCCGGUGAACAGCCCGGUGGUGAAGAAUCAUCUCCAGACGCGCGCCCUAUUGAAACGAUCUCUUCAGCUACUCGAAGAGCUGCUCGGUGUUUCCUGUUCGUCGUAGAAGACGUUCAGAGUAAAGUCAAACGCGUGCGCAGCGCCAUCGCCUCUUUGUUUUCGAGAAACCGAGGCAUCCCUGCCGAAGCGACGGCCGUUGUUGAAGAACCAGAAGCAUCGGUUUACGAGUUCGCAUGCGAGUUGAAUGGAGGCGAACACGAAGCCGCCAUUCUCCCAACGCAGAGCGAGCCUGAAGACGACCGAGCACUAAAGGUGAAGAUUGUCAGGGAGCAAUGCGACGAAGAGACGCCACUACACUCCCUUCUUGAAGGCUGCAGUAACUACGACGACAGAAAGUACGGGGGCGCAUGUUCAACAGAGGCGUCCUCUCCAGCAGCUGCAAAGGCCGGUCGACGUUUGAAUGAUGCUUUGAAGACUCAAGAGACUCAAUUCAACGACCUGCGCAUCACAGAGGCCACAAUGCCGCAACACCAUGCCAGUGCCUCCCAGCCCUCCGGGAGAUGUUUCGAUAGUUUGUGCGUAACAGUUGCCUCGUCGCCAGAGAUCCGCGACAGUUCCGUUGAGCCCUCUCACGAAGUCGAACUGAACAUCACGGACGGUGGACCUUCGAAUGAAGUAAUUGUUGGGAACGCAACCGACGACGUUGAGAUUCUGGAUGACGAACCCCAAGAAGGCGACACCAUGAACAUCGUUGUUGCAGCAGAAAACUGCUGUCAGACAACGUUAUCGCUUCCUGUGCCACUUCAGGUCGGCGGUAGCCACGAGGAAGUAUGUGCCCAAGCACAGUCUGAUGCCUCCGAAAAUGAUGUGCCGCGCAACACGACACCCGUCACGGAUAAACGUAUUGAAUCAAGGGAAUUCAACUGCCCCCUUGAGAACAACGCGUGUUCCGACCUGCAGCUCAUUGAAAGCCCUAGAGUUGCUCCACAACAUAGCGACAAGAAUGUAUCUGAAGCAUCGGUCUUUGAAUCGCCCUUUCCAGAAACCGCGGCAAAAGCCACUCCACAGAACUCGCAAGACGACCAACCGCCUGAGGAGUCGCCACCUCAAACGAUAACUCGACUCCCCUCAGACAUCAUCGAGUGCAUCAACACGCUGUCCUCCUUACCCAUCUGGGAUUUCUGCCCUCCUUCUCACACCACUUCUGCAGCCUCGCGUCCAUCGCCACAGCUGUCCUUAACGUCACGUAGUGAAGGAGAGAUUCGCUCCGAUGACGAGCCCGAUGGCAUCCUUCCUUCGAACCUCCUUGCCGAAGAAGGAGCACCCGGAGGCGGGAAUGCAGACCACGAGUACGAGCCGGAAACGUUUCCUCCUUCAACGCCAAUUUCGGCGAUCACACUGAGCGAGGGUGAGAUAGUCGAUUCUGACAGCGACCAAUCGAUUGCGUUUCCUGCGUUGAACGAAGCUGAGAAGUUCGGAUUCAAGGAUCCGGCAAAGACGAGCAAAAGCAGUACGAGUUGCACCCGCACUUACACUGAUGACGAAGGCACGACAUCUUCUGACUCUUCGUCGUCCUCUACACGAUCCAGUUCUUCAUCGUCUUCUACACAAACGUCUUCCGAUUCGGAAAGUGACACCGAAAGCCGCCUCUCUUCAUCGCUUUCAGAAUCACCGCAGCGGGAAAUUCAAGAAGCAAAGACUGCGAAAGCAGCGAUGAUUCGCGAAAAGAAGGCAGUCAACAAUGAAUACGCCGCAGAGGCAGCUGGACGUUCCGAGCUCUGUUACACCCAGCAUUCACCUUCCGGAACUAACCUACCUGCUCGUCACGAUGACCAAGAUAAUGGCUCUCUAUCAACAUCGGCAUCAGCAUUGGUUUUAAAAGACCAUAAGAAAGACGAUGCUGAAGAUGAUGCUGACAUCUUGAUUCCCUUGUUGUUAAAUACGACUUUCAACACCGAAGACGUGGCAGAAGCGGCCGCAUUUUGA